AUGAGAACACAACAACUAACUUUGGCUUCUGCUUCUCAUGGAGAUCAAAUACAAAAAUGUUUCGACAAUCAAAUUCCCACAAUGAAGUUCUUCAAUAUCCGUAUCGUAAACUGCUCUUCAGAUGCUUCAGAUGUGACUUGCACAGGAUACACAGCUUAUGAUAUUUCUCAAAAAGUUAUUGUUAUUUCCUUCAAGGGAGUUGAUGGAGAUGAUCAGCUCCAACAGCUGUAUGAUGGAUAUGAUAAUUUAGGUCUGCAAUCAUAUUUCGGUGUGAAUGGAAAAAUCUUCAAAAUCAUUUACAACUGGUUUAUGUUACUUUGGAAUGGGGGAAUAGAAAAGGACCUUCGAAGUUUGAAGUAUAAAUAUCCAGGAUGUGAUUUGUGGAUCAAUGGACACUCUCUCGGAGGAGAACUGGCAUGGACUGCGGCAUCUCUAGUUGCUACUUCUGGAUUAUACAAACCUGAAAAUAUAAAAGUCGUCACAAUGGCCACUCCCCGCAUGUUUGACUACGACUUUUUCCCCUACUCCUAUCACAUCAUUCAUCGGAAUGACACCAUCCCAAGGAGCAACAAAAUUGAUCCACAUACAAAUUCAACGGUUAUGUUCCAUCCCAGAACUCAAGUAUGCUGGUGUGUGGAGUCCUCUCAAUGUAAUACUACGUUUUCUUCUUGUCAAACUCAGAUUACUGUCCAACUAAAUUGUCCAGCUCUUCCUAAAUAUGCCUACGAUGAUAGCUUCAUGAGAACCCAACAGCUAACUUUUGCUUCUGCUUCUCAUGGAGAUCAGAUACAAAAAUUUUUCGGAAAUCAAAUUCCCACGAUGAAACUUUUCAAACUUCGAGCCGUUACUUGUUCGGAGGGAAAUGCGAGUAUGUGGUAUAACAACUACAUGAACGAAACCGAUCAAUAUGAAAUUUGCGAGCAAGCGGAUGGAAAUUAUUGUAGUGACACUGUACAAGAAGGCUUAUCAAUGUGGGACCACAUUUAUUAUUUCAAUGUGAAUAUGCCUGCAUGGGGAAGAGAUGGAUGUCCCAAGGAUAGAAGUUCGUAUGCUCAACAGUGA